CUCUCUCUCUCUCUGUGUCUCCCUCGGCGACCAGUCAGGAUGGACUACCAGGGUGGCAAGAAGUUUGGAGCGCUGAAGCAGGAUCAGCUCAAGCAGCUUCAAGAGCGUAAUCAAAAGUUUUUGACCGAUGGCACCUUUGAUGGCCAGGAGGACGUGGAAGAACGCCUCGAGCAGUAUUGCCACAAGUUUAUGGAGUUUGAUGAAGAUGCCAGUGGCGACAUUGAUCUUCAGGAGCUGUCGCGCAUGAUGGAAAAGCUGGGCCAGCCCAAAACCCAUCUUGAACUGAAGAAGAUGAUCAAGCAGGUGGACACCAACGAUUCAGGUACCAUCAACUACGAGGAGUUUUUGCAGAUGAUGUUUGGCAAGAGCAACUCAAUCCUACGCAUUAUCCUCAUGUAUGAAGAGAAGAACAAGGAGAAGGAAAAGCCCAAGGGUGUGGCACCGCGCCGCUCCCUUGCUGACCUCCCCUAAAUGUUGCUGGCGAUCUGUGGGCUCUGUUCUGUCAUUAUCAUGGCCGUGUAAACAUCACAAUCCUAUUGGUGCUUCUU